AUUUUGGUCGGUCCGUGGCUGUGGUCCGUACUUUUUAUUGUGCUACGUAUCCUAUAUCUGUAGUAAAAUAAAUAAUAAAUAUCACGAAUAAGUUGCAGGUUUCCCUAGAAACUAAAAUUUCGAUAUUUAUUGGGAACAUUGAAUAAUAGUUACUCGCGUUUUUUUGGCUGAAGUGAUCUAAGGUUCGGUGUGGAACUCUAGAACGCGUUGUGCGUCAUAACUUUUAACCUUACUUCAUUUUGUGACUGUGGUGUUUAUUCGUCAAUAUUCACCGUAAUUAUAAUAGAACCAUGCCUAAAAACGGCGGAAGGAUAAGAAAUUUCAAAAACAGUGAACAUUUUGAACAUGAUGACCGCAUGCACACUUCUGGAACGAGGCGUGUUAGUUUUAAACCGGGCACGAAUAAAGGAAAAAAUAAAUGGAACAAUGCCAAACUGUUGUUGGAUGAUGAUAUCGACAUGACCGGGUCUGCUGGAGGCCCCCAUGGACAUCGCAAAGGAGCAUUUAGAGGCCGUGGAGGCCGGUUGAACUCUCCGGCGCCAAGGUCUGGCCAUGGAAUCAACAAAAAGAAGUUUGUCCCUGGUCCUCUUCCCUGGUAUCAGAUUAUCAUACCAUAUGGAGCCAAACAUGAGAAAGAUGUGAUUCUAAGGACACUGCUCAGCUUCAUUUCGCCAGAUAUCUUUGUGCCCCACUAUUACAAAAUCAAUGGAAAUGCUGCUGUCUUCUAUGUGGAUGAUGUGAAACUCGCUGAGAAACUCUUCCAAGCUGACAGAAAGAUUACUAUGUCCGAUGGGUUUAAGUUAAUGGUUAUUGUAAGAAAUGCUGUUCCAAGUGUCACUGUUGAUGCUGAGCUGAAGGAGAAAAUGAAAUUGGCUAUGGCCAAGAGAUAUAAUGCUGCUACCAAGGCAUUAGACUUGACAAAGUUUCAUGCAGACCCAGAUUUGGCAGAUAUAUUUUGUGCCUUAUUCCGCCCAGUAGUGAUGCUGGAAGCUAUCAAUAUUAUUGCUGAGAACAUUCCGGAUCUUGAGGCUUUGAACCUCAAUGAUAACAAACUCCAUGGCAUCGAGCACCUCAAGGUCCUACCUAACAAGUUGAAGAAUUUGAAGAUCCUGUAUAUGGGUGACAACAGAAUUCCAUUCCUCGGAUCCCUGGAACCACUGAAGGCGCUACCACUGGUGGAAUUGUACCUGAAAGGCAACCCCUUGCUGAACAGGUUUAGCGACCAUGAGAUCUACGUCAGUGAUGUGCGGAAGAAGUUUCCCAAGCUGACGAAACUGGAUGGAGUGGACCUGCCGCCAGCCAUUGGAUUCGACGUACUAGAAGAUGUGACCCUACCACCACGCCAACAGUCAUUCCUAGUGGACCCGGCAGGCCAAGACUUGGUUCGCGAGUUCCUAACUCAGUACUUCGCUAUCUAUGAUGCGGAGUCUCGCCAACCCUUGCUGGAAGCCUACCACGAACAUGCUACCAUGUCCAUGGCCGCUAGUUACCUUACCAAUGACAGUAGGAAUGCUGCUACGCAAAGAUUAAACGCGUACAUAACAAAUAGUCGUAAUAUAAUGCGCAUCACGGAGCGGGAGGCCCGGCGUCGAUACCUGCGCACUGGCAGGUUGCAGGUCGUCUCCUUCCUCUCAGACCUGCCCAAGACCACACACGACUUAAUGGGAUUCGCUGUUGAUCUACUUAUUUAUACUCCUGCCAUGAUUGUUCUGACGAUGAACGGAGUCUACAAAGAGACCACAACAAAUGGCAACCCAGUUCGCUCCUUCCAUAGGACGUUUGUUAUCGUGCCCAAUGCCGGCGGUGGAUUCUGUAUCAUCAAUGAUAUGCUCUUCAUCACCAACACAACUAAGGAACAGGAGGAGAAAGCGUUUGUAAGUGGAGUCGCAGUGGAGCCGACUCCGCCCACUCCUGCGCCGACGCCGACCCCCGCCAUGGUACAGCCGUCACAGGACGAGACACAGAAGAUGAUGCUUACCAUGCUCAGCCAACAGACCGGCAUGAACGAUCACUGGAGUAUUAACUGCCUAGAACAAACAGGAUGGGACUUCCAACGAGCUCUAUUCGUCUUUAACCAACUAAAUACAGAAGGCAAGAUUCCUCCAGAAGCAUUCGUCAAAUGAAAUACUGUUAAACGGCUGUGUUAAUUGUACAUAAUUAUUAGUUACAAAGAAAAGAGACAUAUUUUUUUAGUUACUACGACUUCUUGUCGCCUAGAUUAUCUACAUAAGUGAUGGAUUAUUUGUGCUCAUAAUAUGUGGACCAUGAGGUUUAAUACUGCGAAAUGCACAAGAUUAUUUGAGAGAAAUAAUCUUUAAAAAAUUGAAGAGUGUUGAAGAAGAAAGAAAGUGGUGCAGUGAAGAGGAUUUAUUGAUUCUUCGUGUGGAGAAAAUAUGUGCACAAUUUAAGUGAAUACUUAAGCAAUAGACUCUCUAAGAAUAAUGGUAUUAAGAUAAUCAAGCUUAAUAAAGCAAUAAAAUACAUAAUAAUCACGAUUGUGAAGAAAUAUAUACUUCAACCAGUCUUGAAGAAUUCAUACUGAGAGGUACACGCUGUACGCUCCAGUGAUAUAUUGAAGAAGAUUCAAUCGGCAAUUUUAUAAGAAAUGUAUCAUCCAAUUUGGAAGAUCUGCAUUUAUACAACGGAUAAUUCUCAAUAGGAGAAGUAAAAUAUAUUUCAUCUGAUGCAAUUGCCAUUGCUCGGCUUUUUCGAGCGAUUCUCGUCUUUAUAAAGAUGAUUGCUUCAAGAAGAUUCACACUACGGGAGAAAAUUACUUUUAUUUUAUGUAUGUUUUAUUUGUGCAUUCAAUGUUCAUGUUCUGUUCAAAAGAUUUAAAAAUGUUCCUAUAAAGAUAACAUUAUCUUCAAAUUAAUUUAAAGUUAUGAUUGUAUUCGAGUUCUAUAAACGUAAUUAUUAUGUUUAAAAGGCUUAAUAUUUUCAGAUGGUCUUGCUAUGUGAUUACAGAAAAGUAAAAAAAAAUAUUGGUCCAUCGGUCGCCAUUUUUGUAGUUCACGCCAAAUUAUCGUCGUCGCCAUCUUGUACGUCAACAUUUGCGUGUAGUUUUUGCUCAUACAUAGCACGGCCAUCUAAAAUGUUCAAGAUCAGUCAAAUAAUUGGGUUUAUAUUACAAUUUUUGUUUUUCAAAUUAGUCAAAGCUCUCGUCCAUAUUAACUUUGCCUUAAUAAUUAUUAGAAAUUGUGUAAGUCAAAUGAGAAUGCAAUAAUUGUAAAUUCAGGCAUCAUACGACAUCGAUUCAUUUUUCAUUUCCAUUUACCGAUUUUGUAUGGUGCCUAUUUAUUUUAUAUUCUUUUCUUUCUCAGUCUAUUCUAGACUUAAUAGAUAACAUUUGCAAUCGCAUAAUUUAUAUUGUAAAAGAAAAAAAAAGAUCACUAAUGUUCCAUGCUGCUCUAACUAGCAAAGUAUAAAAAAAUAUCAUAGAUUAUUAUUCAUAAUGAUUUUGUUAUUUGUAAAUAGUCAUUUUUUUAUUUUAGUUAUAUGUCGUUUGGGGGUUUUGUGGCCGCAGUGUCGAUGGUGAUAAUGGCGAUGUUCCUAAAAGAUCGGCAGGUUUCUGGUGCUUGACGUGCAAUGCUGGGUUUGUAAGGAACCAGAUUGUUGUAUUCACCGUGCAGAGGGCGAUGGACCGUGCAUUACUGCGAUGGAACCCCGGGACUUGUGUCUCAGUGGGCUAGUCGUAGAACUAGUGAAAGAGUUUUCACUGAGUAUAUCAGAUAGCACUUUUUUACUUGGCCGUGAAGUUUGUGGACAGCCGAAAUCUUCCUGUGGCCCGGGUCGGGGCUUAGGACUAACUUAAGAGUUAACAUUAAGACUGUUACUGAAGUAAAUAAAUCUUUCUUUUUUGGAUUGUA